GACAACGUCAAAAGUUACUGAAAAAAAAGAGAAAAAAAUUGCGGAGCUGGCAUUUGAUAUUGCCAACGCAAUCCUUCUUUUUUGAAAACUAACACAGUCGUGUAGUUUUAACAUUUUUUUGGUUUAAUUUUUCGUUUUCCAAUUCCUUAAAUUGAUGCUGGCUCAUUAUCAAAUGACAAAUAAAAGUGUUUCAAUUGUAAUGACUUGUGUUGUGAAUUAAGUUUAUUCCUGUUUUGUUUUUCGCGAUUGAAAAUUCCCGAUUUUGUUGUAUCUAGCUCGAGAGAUUGUUCGAUUUCGAUUUAUUCGUUUUUUUCUUACUUUUUUUUGUUAAAAUUAAUUUUAUAAUUCAUUCAUUUCGUCAAAAUGGAUUUGUUAGCUGCUGGUAACUUGUUGGUUCUAUGUCCAGUUAUUGCUGUUGUAGCUGGUGUUGUGCUCGUUUUUCUUUUCGGAUUCAAACAGCCCAGUCAGCCCAAGAAAUUUACGCCACCGUCUGACUCUACCAAGAAACCGAAGAAAAAGGAAACCAAGAAACCUGUAACAAGUGGCUCAGCUGAGAAAACUAGUUCACCGAAUGAACCGUCAAGAAAGGAACGUGCUACUGAGGUUGUAGCGAAAAAGUCUCCAACGAAAGAAGUGAACCAGAAAAAGACUCCAGCUCGUCAAGAAAAUGUUAAGACUCCGAACAAAUCAAAAUUGGCUGUGAAAUCUACGAAGAAAGACAAAGAGAAGGCAGAACCCGUGCAGAAGAAACCCGAUGACUUUGAUGACGGUAGUUGGUUCACCGUUCCAACGAAGGGCGAAAAGAAGCGACCCAAAUUGGAAGAGGUCACCAGCUCACCGAAACCGGAAAGCACUCGCGUUGAACAAUCGAUUGUUGAGAAGAAAAAUGCCAAAAACGCUAAGCAAUUGAAAGAUCAAGCGAAUAAAUCCAAGAAGGAAGCUGAAGAUGCAGCUGCAACCACCGCUGCCACCAAGGUAUUACAGGUGGAAAAAAUUAUUUCUGUAACUGAGACAGUACCGAAAACUAGGUCAACGGUUCUCAACGAGGAGGAUAAGCAAACCGCUGAAAUUAUCGAAAAAAUUCACGAAGCUAUUGCCGAUGUUGUCAUUGAACCGGUCGUCGUUCAAAAGCAAAUUGUCUCGAAAUCGAUUUCGAAGAAAAUUGUCGCUGAUCGAGAGGAAAAGGUCGACGAAAUCAAACCGGUGGAAACGAAUGUUGCAUUUGACGAACUUGCUGAUGCAUGGACAGAAGCUAAGCCGACGAAAAAGAACAAGAAGAAAGUUCGAAAGGAUUAAUGGUUAGUUUUCCAUUUCGUUAAAUUACUCGGACAUUUAUCUUUUAGGCGAAAAAAACCACUACCUUACUUCCACAACAAUUUUUUUUUUUUGUAACAGUUGAAUUUAAUUGAGGCAUGUAAAUGAGACGUAGACAAUUUUUUUUUGCAUUGAAAUUUUAAUUUAAAAAAAUUAGAAAACAAAUCGAGAAAUAAAAGUGACGUGAUAACGGGCCUUAAACAAAAAAAAAAGUAAAUAAAUUGAUGAUUAUGAAAGGGGAAAUAUUAAUAGGUGUACGAUGAUAUAAGUCUUUUCUUUGUGUAAUUAUAAUUAUAGUUUUAUAUAAAAGUAGUUAUUGAAACAGAUAUUUAAGAUACGAAAUGAAUUAUUAUGAAAAUAGGGAAUAAUUGACAUGAAAAUGAGAAGAAGACAAAAAAAAAACCACAAAACUUACGAAAAAAAAUCUAAUUUAAUUCAUAAAAAGUCUUACAUAUAUUUUGUUAUCCGCUGAUUCUUUUGUUUAAAAUUAAAUUACGAAAAAAAAAACAUUUUUUUUGCUCUGCAAAA